CGGCGGCAGCGGCAGCGGCGGUGACGGCGGCGGCGGCGACAACGACAACACUGACACCGAUACCGACACCGACACCGACACCGACGACGGCGGCGACGACAACGACGACGACGACGACGACGACGACGACGACGACGACGACGACGACGACGGCGGCGGUGACGGCGUCGGCGGUGGUAACGACUGCAAUUAAAAAGACAGCAAAGACGAACAGAAAGGUAAUCACGACAGAUACGACGAAUUCGAUAGUAACGGCAGUAACGGCAAAGACGUCAAUUACAAAAAGGAAAAAGUGGUGUUACUACAUCAUCGUGGAUAUUUUACAGAGAAUGUCAUUGCAUUGAUUGUGUUCAAUGUAAUUGUUGAGAAGUCAAAUGUAUAAACAAAAUACCUCAAACACAAUGGAUGCAACAAGCAAUGGAGCUUCGGGUAGUGCAGUGGCUUGUCCUGUCUGUACCCUCUAUUUACGCGAGGGUAUCAGCCUACAAAGACAUUUGGACACUCAUCCAAAAGAACAAGUCAUUGAAGCUCUUAUCAAAGCUAGUACUAACUCCUCGAAUGUGCAACAGACGCAGUUAUCAUCAUCGGCACCUCCAGCAUCACCGGCUAUGCAAUCACCCCAAAGUACACCUCAAGUUGCGCAGAAUACUCACUUAUCGGCUCAAUCUCCAUAUCCUAUAGGACCUAUUUUCGAGUGUCCGCCUAUUGGUACUGUGAUGCCACCUCAAUUUGCUUCAUUUAGUUAUCAACAAUUUGUAAAUAAUGGCACUAUGAUGAUACCCCAAUACGCAAUGGCUCCGCAAGCUAAUCAAAUGAUGCAAAUGUUGUAUAAUCCAUAUAGUAUGUAUCAGCAGCAACAAAUACCAACUGUUCAAAUGAUUUCACCAGUCACAGCCAUACCUAAUACAGGUAGAGUCAGGCCAGUGGUGACUAUGGCUGGUGAAACAAAUAAUAGAACUGCCAUUGCUGUACCUGUAAAUAAUUCCGAGCCAAAACAAAUUUUACCUGAGAUUUUACCUGAAUCUGAGCAAGAGUCUGAACAAGUGUUACCAGAUAUCAACCUUCCAGUUUCUCCUCCAUUAUUAAAUGAAAAUAAUUCUAUGCAGCAAAAUGAAAGUGAAAAUAGUACAAUUCAAAUAGAACAAGAGGCAGAAGAAGCUCGUAGUUCAAGUACCCCAGAGCCGCAUACUGUGCAAAAUGAAUAUGAUAGCAUUCCAAGAUCAUUGGCAAUUACUUGUAAUGUCAAUAUCACUACAGAGGAUAAAGAUGAGAGUGUAUUGCCGGAUAUUGAUGAUGGAGAAUCGUCAUGUGUUGUUACUACAAACAUACAAUGUAAGUCUAUUCAUUAUGAAUCAUCUGAAAUGCAGGAAUAUAUACACAGAUAUGAAGAUGACGAUGAUAAUAAUAAAGUUAUUAUGCCUGAAGUAUCACCAAUGUUAACAGAAAAUGUGACAGAAAAAACAACUACUGAAAAAGUUCCUCACAGAGAAGAAAUAAGUGAAAAUGAAGGUACCUCAGCAGAAAUGCCCUUAGAAGAUACAGUGAAAGCCCCAGCUCAGCCAGAAGUAGAACAAUUAGAACGUCUUUUAAUCACUAUUAUGGAGAAUGAAUUUAAUAAUACACAGAAAGAAUCCAAUUUUGCGGAUGAUAAAAAGAAAAGUAAAGAUACAAAGAAAAGUCCUUCUCCUGAAAGGGCCAAAAGUGUAAUACAUGAAACAACCACUAAUAAUCCCAUUGAAUAUGAAAACACUUGUAAAUCUGAUAUAAAAGUACAAGUUAAUCAAACUUCAGAAAUUGAUAUAGAUAAUGAUGAAAAUAAAACUUCUUGUCUUUCAUACCAUUAUAAAAACAGUUUGUCUGCACCCGCAUCGCCUGUUGUAGAAAGGAAAUCACGUAGAACUUACUCUGUUCGUUCAGAGUUUAGUUCAAGUGAACGUCUCAAUUUUUAUUCAAUUGGUUUUGAUACAAACACAUUGCAUGAUGAAGAAGAUGAAGAUGAAAAUAAUGGAACAGAAGAUAAUUUUGAUGAGGCAGAUAUGGAAAUUGAAGAAAUACUUAGUCCACAUACUCCUUUCAUUAAAUAUGGUGAGAAUACUGAUAAUUUUAGAUCUCAUACUCCACUGUCUGCAAGUAGUGGUAUUUCUGUAUUAAGGGUUAGAAAGGAUCUUAGUAAACCAUGUUCACCUGCUUCGGUGCAUUCAUUUUGUCAUAUGGAUACUAACGGUAUAGACCAUGAUGAAGAAACUGACGUAGCAAUGAACGAAUCACCAGAAAAGGAUCCUAUCGAUUGUUCAUUGAUUGAACAAGAUAUAAAAGCUGAUCAAUCAGAACUUUCCUUAUGCAAAAAUGAGAAGAAAGUGGAAGGAGAUUCUGCAUAUCAAUCUGGAAUUAGUGACCACAUGAGUUCAUUUUCUACUAUUCAUUCACAACAUUCUCAGCAAUCAACAUCAAUGGAAUCAUAUAAUAUACCAAGUAAAAGUAAUAAUUAUGUAAAUUUAUCAGAAUCUAGUGAUGUUGCAAGUAACUCUGACUCAAAGAGUUUUCAUUCAUCUAAAUCAAUUAUACAAAAGCAAUCUGUGGAACUUCUUAGUUUAAAUGAAGAUGCCCAUGCAGGCCCAAUGAAUGUAUUUGAAUUUGAUGGGCUUCAAAUCUUAGUUCCUAGUACAUUCAUAAGUGAUUCUUCACAAAAAGCAGUUAGCGGAACCAGCCAGCAAUCUAUGGCAAGUAGUGAAGGUGGAGUAGGUAUAGAUGAAGAAGUUAAAAGUAUUAAUAUGAGAGCUGAUGAAACCAUGCCACCCAGAGGUGAACUAUCAGAACAAGAAAGCAAUGGCUAUACAGAACAGUCUGCUUGGCAGCUAUAUGCUGGUCAAGAAUCAUCAAGAAUGUCAACAUCCUAUGAUUUAAUGGCACGUGAAAGUUGGGAAGAAUCCGAUGGGUCUGAUAAUGAAAUUGCAGGCCCACUAUUAGAUAGCAGAUCUUUAGCAACACAUUUUACAUCAAGUUUAUUUUUAGAUCGAGAUAGAAAAACUCCUACAAAAAGAAUGUUCAAGUGUUAUCAUUGCCCUGAAGUGUUUGAUUGUCCGAAAGAACGCCGGGUACAUAGUACUACUGCGCACAAAGAAGCUGGCCCGAGUAGCAGUAGAGAUUCUACAGAACAACCUGAAGUAAAGGAUAUUAAGUUACUGGAUGGCCGUAUGAAUGUAUUUGAAGAUAUUUUUGUACCAGGUUUACAUGUUCAGCAAGUUUAUCAUCAACAACCAUUGUUGCACCAACUUCAACCACCACAAUCAUCUGAUGUAAUUACAAAAGUAGAAGCUGAUCAAAAAAUUGAAACACUAGUACUACCAUCAAACAUUGAAGUGAUCUGCACUCUUUGUAAUCAGAGAUUUAGUAGUGAAAAAUCAUUGCAACUACACCAUAGAAGAGUACAUAUUACAGAAACAACAAAACGAAUUCGUGAGAGCACCAAGUGCCAGAUAUGUCAUGAAGAAUUCCCUUCAGUUCUUUUAUUCAAUGCCCAUUUGAAAAUACAUCCUUUAGAAUGUAGUCAGUGUGGAAAGUAUUUUUAUAGGAAACAAAAUUUCAAAUUACACAUGAAACGACAUUUAGGAAUUAAACCAUUUCCAUGUACUGUUUGUGACAAAGCAUUUUUAACGAAACAGAAAUUAGAUGAGCAUACCAAUGGUCAUACUGGGAAUGCACCUGUUAAGUGUAAUCUUUGCAAUGAAACGUUCCGUAGAUAUUCAAAUUUAACACAGCACAAAAAUAGACAUCAUUUAAACAUAAAGAAGAAAUUGAAAGAUUACAUAUGUCAUUGUGGUGAGGUUUUUCAUACAAAGAAAAAGUUAGCUUGGCAUAAAGAAACACACGAUGAGAAACCUAAAGCAUGUACAUACUGUAAUGAAAGAUUCAUCCAUAUGGCCAGCUUGACUAGACACAUGCGCCGAGCUCAUAAUAAAAGAUUCGUUCCAGAUGCUCAAAGAGAGAGCGAAAAUGUUGAAUGCCCUGUAUGUAAGUGUAUUUAUUUACGAUCUUCCUUAGCAGUGCAUAUGCGAGUUCAUAAUGGUGAAAGACCGUAUGAAUGUCAAGUUUGCUCUAAAGCAUUUAGUACUAAGUGGAACUUACAAUUGCACAAAUGGACUCACGCUGCCCGUAACACCAAACCUUUCAAGUGUAAUCAGUGCAGUGGCGCGUUUUACCGGCAUAGUGAUUAUACUGCUCAUAUGAAUUCUCAUAGAAACGUGCGUCCUUAUACUUGUAACUAUUGCGGAGCGCAAUUCAUACGAAAAUAUAAUUGUUUAAGGCAUGUAAAGGAACAUGAGGAGAACAAAGCUUAUACAUGCGAUGUUUGCAACAAAACUUUUCAUAGAUCAUAUUAUCUGAAAGAACACUUGCGAGUACAUUCGGGUGCCAGACCAUAUACAUGUCAUAUUUGUGGAAAGUCUAGCGGUACGAAAUCCAAUCAUAACAAACAUGUCAGAAUUCAUCAUGCACGAGAACCUGUAAAUACCGAAAAUUAAAGAACGAGACUUUUGAUCUAGUUUACUUAUAGUAUCAACAUUUUAAAAAAUACUAUCUCGCAAUAUUUUAUCUUAACGUUUUACUUCUUAUUCCUUUAUCUAUUUAAAAUUUUUUUCUUCAUUUGAAAAACGAAAAAAAUAAGUAAUAUAUCACAAAAAAAGUAAUAUAUCUAUACAUUGUAUUUCUUAAUCUUUUGAAAAUCUCGUUCGUUUCUAUUAUUGUUUCUUAGAUAUUUUAAUAUAGACAUUUUAAACUUGAAUUAACUGCUAAUAUCUAGCAGUUCUAUUAGAUAAAGGAUUUUAUUUGUCUUAAUUGCGAAAAAGGAAAAGACGAUUUUACGUUGUAUUGUGCAUUGUGCAUUGUAUGUUGCACUUCGUAAAUUUUCGUCAUAUAGUCCACUAAAUACAAUGACUCGAGACUGUAACUACUUAAGAUAAUAAGAAAUUUUUAACAAAUAUUAACUGGUACAUGUCUGAAGAUUUGAAUAACUUCCAUAAAGGAAGACUAUACGAUGAAAUGCUUUUUGCCAACUUACACUAAUUAACUAUUAGGUAAUAAUAACUAACUGAUCGAUAUUAUGAAAUCAUUAAGCACUUUUAUGUGUUGAUCAUUGUACGAAAUUUUUUUACAAUAACUAUUUUACACAAAGCAUACAUAUAUAUUACAAUUUUGUGUAUUGGCAUUGAAUGUGAGAAGGAACUGGAAGGCCCAUAUUUAUGUGUGUUGAAUUUACAACGCAUAAGGUCUUAUCAAUAAUUAGCGUUAUUAAUUAUCACAAGGUAGUUACGGAUCUUAGUUAUUAUUCUUUUAUAUUUAUGUAUUUCGCAGAAUAUAUUUUAUCGCUAAUUCCAAGACUGAUCGAUGUUGGUUCCUCAUAUUGCUCUCCGAUAUACAUAUAUUUGUAUAUAUAUUAAACGUAAUAAAUAUUAACAUAUGAUGUCUUAAAUAACAAGCAAGAACCAGCGUGUGAGUGAUUUGAAAUAUUUGAUAUAAUGAUACUGUGACAAAUGUCUUAAUAGUUAAUUGUUUUACAUUAAAAUAUUUAGCAGGUCAUGUAUCAUUUAAUUUCUAGAGAGCAGUAUGAAUGAUGGAGCGAUAAUCUUUAAUAUUAAAUAUAUUAAAAUUACGUUGUAUUGUACGAAGAACGUUUUGUUAUUAAAGUAACUUUCUACGAAUCGUUACUAUAAAUUUCGAUAAAACUGCAUGGAACAUUAUUUUCAAAAAUACAUUGUUUCCAUAUUAUACUUUGAGUUUUUUCUUGUUAUUAGUUAUUUAACAAAUUACAGUUAUUUUGUUGAUAGUUAAUAAAUAUAACAAUUUUUUGAUAUUGCCGAUCAUUAAAUGAAACUUAUUUUCAUGCAUAACCAACAUCGAUGUCCAAAUGUGCAAUCGUUUAGUUAACAUAUGUAUUCUAAUUGAAUGCAAUGUAAAUAAUGUAAAUAUGUAUAUCAGUUUUAUUUUAUAACUGAACCAACAAAUUGUGUUGGCAAUUAAUAAUUGUCUAAAAGCGACUCGUAUUCUAUGAGAAUAAAAAUAGGCUAAUUACUAUCAUAAAAAGAAAAUAUAAAUCAGCAACAUGUGUAUACCUUAAUAAAAAUUAUGUAUUGAGGUACUUUUUUAAA